GAGGCCAAGGAGGCGGCGGGGCGGACGGCGGCCCGAGAGUAGCGCCCGCGCUGCGGCCCGCGGGACCGCGCCGCGACCGCCCGGGCCGGCCCCGAGGAGCGCCUGCCGCCGCCGCUGCCGCCGCCGCGCGCCGAGCGAGGAGAUGUGGGACAUGUGGAUUUGGGAUAUGAAUUCAUUUGAGAAACCACUUUUGGGGUAUGAACGUGUUUUCUGAUGAAACUGGAUUGGAAUAAUUUUCAUUAUCUUUGUAUAUUUAUAUAUAUAUAUUUUUAAAUUUUGCAUUUGACUUAAAGUGCCAUGAGAAAAUUUGCAUACUGCAAGGUGGUCCUAGCCACCUCCUUGAUUUGGGUACUCUUGGAUAUGUUCCUGCUGCUUUACUUCAGUGAAUGCAACAAAUGUGAUGAAAAAAAGGAGAGAGGACUUCCUGCUGGGGAUGUUCUAGAGCCAGUACAAAAGCCUCAUGAAGGUCCUGGAGAAAUGGGGAAACCAGUCGUCAUUCCUAAAGAGGAUCAAGAAAAGAUGAAAGAGAUGUUUAAAAUCAAUCAGUUCAAUUUAAUGGCAAGUGAGAUGAUUGCACUCAACAGAUCUUUACCAGAUGUUAGGUUAGAAGGGUGUAAAACAAAGGUGUAUCCAGAUAAUCUUCCUACAACAAGUGUGGUGAUUGUUUUCCACAAUGAGGCUUGGAGCACACUUCUGCGAACUGUCCAUAGUGUCAUUAAUCGCUCACCAAGACACAUGAUAGAAGAAAUUGUUCUAGUAGAUGAUGCCAGUGAAAGAGACUUUUUGAAAAGGCCUUUAGAGAGUUAUGUGAAAAAACUGAAAGUACCAGUUCAUGUAAUUCGAAUGGAACAACGUUCUGGAUUGAUCAGAGCUAGAUUAAAAGGAGCUGCUGUGUCUAAAGGCCAAGUGAUCACCUUCCUGGAUGCUCAUUGUGAGUGUACAGUGGGAUGGCUGGAACCUCUCUUGGCCAGGAUCAAACAUGACAGGAAAACAGUGGUGUGUCCUAUCAUCGAUGUGAUCAGCGAUGAUACUUUUGAGUACAUGGCAGGCUCUGAUAUGACCUAUGGCGGGUUCAACUGGAAGCUCAAUUUUCGCUGGUAUCCUGUUCCCCAAAGAGAAAUGGACAGAAGGAAAGGUGAUCGGACUCUUCCUGUCAGAACACCUACCAUGGCAGGAGGCCUUUUUUCAAUAGACAGAGAUUACUUUCAGGAAAUUGGAACAUAUGAUGCUGGAAUGGAUAUUUGGGGAGGAGAAAACCUAGAAAUUUCCUUUAGGAUUUGGCAGUGUGGAGGAACUUUGGAAAUUGUUACAUGCUCACAUGUUGGACAUGUGUUUCGGAAAGCUACACCUUACACGUUUCCAGGAGGUACAGGGCAGAUUAUCAAUAAAAAUAACAGACGACUUGCAGAAGUGUGGAUGGAUGAAUUCAAGAAUUUCUUCUAUAUAAUUUCUCCAGGUGUUACAAAGGUAGAUUAUGGAGAUAUAUCAUCAAGAGUUGGUCUAAGACACAAACUACAAUGCAAACCUUUUUCUUGGUACCUAGAAAAUAUUUACCCUGAUUCUCAAAUUCCACGUCACUAUUUCUCAUUGGGAGAGAUACGAAAUGUGGAAACAAAUCAGUGUUUAGAUAACAUGGCCAGAAAAGAGAAUGAAAAAGUUGGAAUUUUUAAUUGCCAUGGUAUGGGGGGUAAUCAGGUUUUCUCUUACACUGCCAACAAAGAAAUUAGAACAGAUGACCUUUGCUUGGAUGUCUCCAAACUUAAUGGCCCAGUUACAAUGCUCAAAUGCCACCACCUAAAAGGCAACCAACUGUGGGAGUAUGACCCAGUGAAAUUAACCCUACAGCAUGUGAACAGUAAUCAGUGCCUGGAUAAAGCCACAGAAGAGGAUAGCCAGGUGCCCAGCAUUAGAGACUGCAAUGGAAGUCGGUCCCAGCAGUGGCUUCUUCGAAAUGUCACCCUGCCAGAAAUAUUCUGAGACCAAAUUUACAAAAAAAAAAUAAGGAUUGACUGGGCUACCUCAGCAUACAUUUCUGCCACAUUCUUAAGUAGCAAAAAAGGAAAAAUGCUUUCCUCCUCUGCAGGAUGUAAGGUUUAUCAGCCAUUAAAACUUAAACUUCUCUAGCUUUUCACUAGCUGUGAACCAGCCUUCCUGUCCACUGACGUGAAACUGCAUAGUAAUGAGACUGUGCACACUGAUGUUUACAAGAUUGAAAGAGUCUUUCUCCGAAAAUCAUGCUAAAGAAUAUAGAGACAAUGAAAAAAAUCAACAAAAUAUGCUUUCUGGAGAACUGUACCUUUUAUGGCUUGCUUGCACAUCAGUAAUUUCUGCUGAAUGUGCUGUCGUAAUGAAGAGAUUUCCAAGUUUUUCUUUCCUGAUUAGAACUGGUAGCCAGUAUAUUAAAUAUUGAUAUUGAAAUAAAUGAACUGGAACCAGAUACAGAACCAUGAAAAGAUUUUUACAACAACAACAAACUAUAUUAAACAGGGUUUAAAGGAAAUUAAAACAGAACUAUGAGAAAUACAGUUUGUUAUAGUAUAGUAUCAAAUUUCUAUAUAGAUUUUAUACCUCAGUGGGGAAAAAGAACUGAUUCCUAUGACAUUCAUUUUGUUUUCAUCUGUGAUAGUCAUGGAUGCUUUUAUUUUCCUUGGGGUGCUGAAAUUGAGCUGAAAAAAAAAAAAGACUUUGAAUAUAGUUUUAAUUUCUCUCUACAGUUUUUUUUGUUUGGUUUCUGGGCUGAAAUUUGGAAUUGUAAUUUUUAAUUAUCUUCAGAAUUUAACAUAAUGUCCGGUCUCAACUGAACAAGUUAGAUGUUUCAGUUGCUCUUGGGUCAACUGGCUUACAGAUUUAUGAGUGUACAUACACACACACACAAAUUUCUUAUCACAUUUUCAACUUCUUGACCCACCUGAUUAUGCUUAAUACCCAAGAUUCAUACUACUGUACCACAGAUUUGUUUUCUCAGCAAUAAACCUUCAGUUCUUGUUUAUGAUUCCACUUAACAGAAGACCUGCAGAAGUGAUUUAUUAUUUGGGUAUUUGGAAAUAAUAUAGUUGAUGGUUUUUUGGAAAACCUUUUUCACUCCAUACUCAGAUAUGCUUCAUUGUCAAGUGCAUAUUUAGAUUAUUGAAUUGUAAUGUUUAUCUGCUUUUUUAAAAAAUAAAAUUUGACUGAAAAUGUUUAAUUGGCAUUUUUUAAUGACUUAGCCAAAGAAGUGCAGCUAUUAUUCCAUAUUAAUAGGCCUGCAUUUCUUUUCUAAAUUUUAUUGGGCUAAAUCAGUUUUGUUUUUCUGGUUUUUAAUACCACAGAAUCACCUGUGUGUCAAUUAAAAGUUGUCAAUUAAAAAGUAAUCUUGUGAUCUCAUAGAAGGAAUCUCAUUAAGACAUUUUUCCUGAUAUGUAGACCAAUCUGUUGGCAAAAAUGCAUAUAUUUUCUUUUGUAUCUGUAAAAUUAUAUUUAAUGGAAUUCUUUUCUUUGAUUAUCAAGGACUUUCACUGCAGGCAGUGCUAUUUCUUGUGCCUAAGAACGUUUCCGAAAGUCACAUUGUUAAUUAUACUUGCCAAGUUGAGUGUACAGUUUCUCAUAUCCUGUUCAAGUUAAUCAACAUCAAGCACAUGGGGAUGCUUUAGGGUGAGGCUAUAGUACAAAAUGCAUAAACCACGUCCCCAGGAAAUUUGAAAGGAAGCAGGUGCUGGAUAGAAUUUUUUUUUCCUUUUCCAUGAGCUGUGUUAAUUCUAUCUCCAGUAGGCCUAAUGCUUGAAUAAGCAAGAUGUCUAAUCAAUAAAUUAUUUUCAUGCUCAGAAUUUCAGGUUUUUGUACUCCAGCAUUGCUUGGUCUUAUUUCUUACUGUAUGAAAGCCUAACAGCAAUGUGAUUUAAGGUUUUGUUUUGUUUUGUAAGUGGGGGAUGUAAGUGAUUUAAUUCAUGGGUACUUUUAGAACCUGACAGAUAAUCCUAUUGCCUUUAUUUUUCUAAUUAAAGAAUUCCUAAGUACUUUGAAAAUACAAAAUAUUCCUGAAUA